AUGCCACGUAAGCUACGUAAGAAUAUACGUAAGAGGAAGAGAGCAUUGAAACAUCCAAUAGUAAAACUAACACCACAACAACAGUUGCAACAACAAAUUAUGAAUGACCCCACUAUGUUGCAACAAAUGUCAAGCAACCCUAUGCUUUUAAACCGAGUUAUUGGUGCACAGAGUGGAGGUUUAAGAGCGGCACUUUUAGCGAAAAUGGCAGGCUAUGGUGGAGCCGCAGACGGAACAGCUUAUAACCCUCAAAGUCAAAUGAAUUUGAGUUCACUCAAAAAUCAAAUAACAGAUGUCAAAAAGUCAAACAUAGACAUACAGAAACAAAUAAGUGAAAACGAAAAGAAACUAGAAUAUGACAGACACACAAAGAAACUCAAUGAGUUAAACGUAGAGAAAAAGAAGAAAGAAGAACAACUGAAAGAACUAAGUACAGAGGAAUAUGCGAAAAAAGUGUCAGAAAAAGCAGCAGAAGUAGCAAAAAUGGAACAAGAUGUUAUAAAUUUGAAAAACCAUACUACUCAAUAUAAAGUACUGAAAGAUGAAGAAAUAAAACAAAAAGCCCCGAAGACAUAUAUGGAUAGCGAUGAGUAUAAAAAAGAAGUUGAAGCAAAUGUAAAGGCAGAAAAACUUUUACAGUUGCAAAACCAAACCGUACAGUAUGAAAACUUAGCACAAGAAAGUAAAAAUAACGACGCAGCCAUGCAAAAGGCAAUGAAAAGCGCAGAAUAUAUAAAAGCUAAUAAUGACUGGUUAGAUGCCCAAGCCAACGCCAAAGCAGCCCAACUUAUAGGGUCAAUAAGGACAAAAAUACAAGCGGAUGAAGACAGUUCAAAUGAAGCUUUAAUGAAUGCUGACUUUAAGAACGCCUUCGAAGCUCUUCAUAGUAAGGUGAAACUAGUGAACGACUUCUCAUCUGGAAAGAAACUGAAGUCUGAAGGUUUCGACAACGAGUUAAGAGAA